GAGCCAAUCGCCGGUCGGCGUCAGGAAGGUCUGAACGGCGCGAGCUGUUUAACAUGGCGGAGGGCACCCCCUCAGCGGCUCCGAGCCCGCGGGGUCGUGCGGAUGGCGAGGAUGCAGAGCUCCCGGAGGAGCAGAUGGCAGAAACGGCGAGAGAGGAUCAGGAGCAGUUUGAGUGCCAGGAACUGCUCGAGUGCCAGGUGCAGUUGGGGGCUCCCCCGGAAGAGGAGGACGCUGGCCUAGUGGCUGAGGCCGAGGCUGUUGCUGCUGGCUGGAUGCUGGAUUUCCUCUGCCUGUCCCUUUGCCGGGCGUUCCGUGACGGCCGCUCCGGCGACUUCCACCGGACCCGCGACAGCGCAGAGGCUCUUAUUCAUGGACUACCCAGUCUAACGGCUUAUCAACUGAGAACUGUAUACAUCUGUCAAUUUUUGACAAGAAUUGCAGCAGGAAAAACCCUUGAUGCACAGUUUGAAAGUGAUGAAAGAAUUACACCCUUGGAAUCAGCUCUGAUGAUUUGGGCUUCAAUUGAAAAGGAACAUGACAAGCUUCAUGAAGAAAUACAAAAUUUAAUUAAAAUUCAGGCUAUAGCCGUUUGCAUGGAAAAUGGAAACUUUAAGGAAGCAGAAGAAGUCUUUGAAAGAAUAUUUGGUGACCCAGAUUCUCAUAUGCCUUUUAAAAGAAAAUUACUUAUAAUAAUCUCUCAGAAAGAUACAUUUCAUCCCUUUUUUCAACACUUCAGCUACAACCACAUGAUGGAGAAAAUUAAGAGUUAUGUGAAUUGUGUGCUAAAUGAAAAAUCAUCCACCUUUCUAAUGAAGGCAGCAACAAAAGUAGUCGAAAGUAAAAGAGCAAGAACAACUUCUCAAGAUAAAACUAAUAGUAAUGAUACUGAAUUGGAAACUGAAGCUAAUUUGGAUAUAGGACAAAGUGUUAGUGAGAAACAGUCUGCGGUAACUGAAUCCUCAGGGGAUACAGUAUCCUUAUUGAGGUCUCACAAAAAUCUCUUCCUAUCUAAGCCAAAACAUGGAAACCAGCAACAAGAUUUUGAUAAGAAAGAGGAAAGAGUGGAAACUCUUCAAAGUGGAAGAAAGAAAAAAGAGAACAGUAGAAGAUCCACUGAAAACAAGAGAUUACGUGUUUUAAACAAUCAGCCUGUAACUCCUGAAAAACAUCGAUCUAGGAAAAAACAGGCAUGGCUUUGGGAAGAAGACAAGAACCUGCGAUCUGGUGUGAGGAAAUAUGGAGAGGGAAAUUGGUCUAAAAUACUGUCACAUUAUAAAUUCAACAACCGAACAAGUGUCAUGUUGAAAGACAGAUGGCGGACUAUGAAGAAGCUGAAGCUUAUCUGCUCAGACAGUGAAGACUGAAUGUGUUUGCAGAGCUUGAUAAAGUGCAAUUAAGCAUUUUGAUAACUGCAUUUUGUUUGAAACCCGGCGGUCAUUAAUGUAGCUUAAAUAUUUUUUUAAAGCAUUACAGUAUUUUUCUCUGGCACAGUCAUUUAGUAUGAGGAUCUGUGCUGUAAGAGUGAGCCUAUAUGCCAUCAUUGUAUUCUGUGAGAAUCUUUUCACUUUGAUAAGAAAUAAAUUUAUUGAAUCCUACUGAUUUCAGUACUCCUACCCCCAAAAGCUGUUCGAAUAAAAAAAAAAUGAAAACCUGUUAGAAAAAUAAAUUACUGUUAACUUAUUCUGUAUCUGUAGGCUGACUUCAACUCUGCAACACACAUAAAAAUGAAGUUUCUAAAUCAGUGAAUAAUAAUAGGCCUUUGACUUAAGGUGUAAUGAUUUGCUAUAUGGCCUUAUAUAUUAAUUAUUAGGACAUUUGUUGAUAGAAUGAUAAAUGUACAAAGUAAUCUGUGAGUUAUACUUAAAAUUUUCUUUUAGUAGUUUCAUAUAAAGGAAAAAACUUGAAAAAAAUAAUACCCGUAGACAAAGUUUAUACUAUUACUAACAGCUUAUGUCUCGUUUAGGUACAUCUGACUUUUGUUCUAGUGUUAAAACUUCAACAAAGAUGGUUUUAAAUAAAGCUUCUUAUAACCUGGUGCCAUAAA